AUUCUGUCGGUAAAUGAGAUACAAACACUGUAGAAAUUCAAAAUGCUUGGUUUCUGGACAUUACUUUUGAUCUUCAGCACUAUAUAUACAGUCCAUCCUGGUACACACUGGGUUACUGCACAAUCUCCCACAGAUCCACCAGUUUAUCAGCCUGAUGAAAAAGUCAGCGUGAACAUCGGAGACUCAGCGACUCUACAGUGUUGUGUUUUUGAAAAAUUCAGAAUGAUCGCUUGGUUUAAGCAACCAACAAGAAAAAAACCACGGAUUAUCUUUAAGUUCUUUGCAACUUCAGGAGAAACAUUUUACAAUGGAUUCAAAGAGUCUCGUUUCCGAUUAGAAAGAUCUUCAAACUGCUUCAAUAUGACUAUUUUAAAUACCACUCAGUCUGAUGAAGCCAUGUACUACUGUGCAGUGACUACACCUAACCUUGUGUUUGGAGAUGGAACUUAUUUACAAAUUAAAGGUGAUCAUGUUACUAUUGCAUCAGAAUCAGAAAUGAUCAGAUCUCUACAUCGGACAGUGAUCGGUUUGGGAUCGGCUUUGGGUUUGUGCGCACUUCUGAUUUUCUGUCUCACUUAUUUCAUCCUGAGGAGAAGAAAAGGUCAUAAAAUAAAUGCUUCUAUUCAAGAUUCUCCAGGAACAAAGCAGGAAACUGAAGCUGAAACACUGAAUUACGCAGCUCUAAAAUUCUCCAAGAAGAAAGUCAACGCUAAAGAAAGAAAAACUGGAUCAUCAGAUGAGUGUGUGUACUCGAGUGUGCAAACAACUGUAAGAUAUUAGAUAUAAUGUAGAUGAUUCAUAACACAGUGAAACACACGAGAAAAACAGUGAUCAUGUUUUAGCAAAUUAAAUAUCUUGAGUACAUGGAAAUUUAUUCCAGAUUUUCAUUUUAAACAUCUAAUUACUGCAAGAUUACUAAAUAUUUUAUGCUAAUAUAAAAUUAAGUAUGAGUCAGUAAAGUCUAUAUAUAGCAGCAGAAUUGCUGAAAAUAAUUAUAAAUUAAUAAAUUUUGAUUAUAUAUAUUUACCUUAAGCUUAUAAUUAUGCAUAUUAAAUAAAUUUGCACAUAUUAAAUAUUAAAGUUUUUUUUCUGUUUCCUGUUAAUAAACUAAAAGACAGAGAACUUCAUAAAACUCUUUUAUAUGAUGACAGUGUUGUGCUUUGUGUUGAUUUUAUUGUAUG